GUCAUGUCCAGAUCAUUUUACGUCGAUUCGUUAAUUAUCAAAGACACCGCCAGACCGGCGCCUCUAAGUGAGCAUCCCGGGCAAGACUUUUUGUUGCCGAUGAGCAUGCACUCGUCCAGCGUGAUGUCCGUUUCUGCGCCCGUGUGUCCUUCAAGAAAGACGGGCACUUUUUGUGUUUGCCCUCUGUGUGUUACUUCGCACAUCCACUCUCCCCGAAACAGCUUACCUUUGCUGAAGAGUCAGUUUCCGAGCGGGGACACCCAGUAUUGCCAGAGAAUGAGCCAUCAGCACAGCCCUGCACUGGGUCAUCCUGGGCACCCACCUGUUUGCAGUACGACCAGCUACAGCGCUACAGAUCCUAGGAGAUUUCAUUGCCUCUCUUUAGGUGCAUCUGAAAACGGGCACAUCCAAAACGGCAAGAGGAUGAGGACAGCGUUCACAAGUACGCAACUUCUGGAGCUGGAAAGAGAAUUUUCGUCAAACAUGUACCUGUCGCGUCUUCGAAGAAUUGAGAUCGCCACUUAUUUAAACCUCUCGGAAAAACAGGUUAAGAUUUGGUUUCAAAACCGCAGAGUUAAGCAUAAGAAAGAGGGUAAGGGUACCCCGAGGAGCGUGCACAGCGGAUGCAAAUGCACCAGCAGCCAUGGGCAUUAUCCCCGGUCCGAAGAUGAGGAGUCUUUAUCUCCGACAUCAGCUACGGAAGAAAAAGAAAUAUCCCCAGUUUGAGAAGGAUACCAGAGCUCAAGAGAAACCGACUGCUCUGAUCUCGAAGCACUUAUCGGGACUUUAGGGUGAAAGAGACACAAGUGUGAAAGUAAGACUAUGUUUGGGACACUUGACGUGCGUCAUAAAAUGUACAGUUUGUAAAAGUGCUUAAAAGUAAGUGUGUAUUGUUUACCCCGAUGUUAAUAGUCUGACAAACAACCGAAUAGAUAAAAAGAUAAAACAUUCUAUAGGUGAGCAAGAGAGAUCAUGUUAAUAUAGCAAUUUAAAUCUGUAGCAAUUAAAACAGGUUUGUUAUGUAAAUAUGUGAACUGUACACUGUGAAUUGCUUCCUACAAUUGUUUGUG